AUGGCGAAUUUUUUGUUAGCUUUCCUCCUCCUCCUGCUGCUGCUACGGCUAGAACACUGCUACGGCGAGCCGAUGGUGUCAUAUUGUUCCCGCACCCCCUACCCUGACGUGUGCAGCUCCAUGGUCAAUCGGUCCGACUCGGUCUUUGAGCAGUCGUCGUCGCUGACUUGGAAUGGAUUCCGUGAUCUCCUCCACCGGGCCACCCUCGAGAGGGCCGUCCUCGCCCACCAGCGGGCCGGGGAGAGGAACCCGAACCAGUUCGACGAGCCGAGGAGACGGGCCUGGACUGACUGCGUCGAGCUGCUGGCUGAUACGGUCGGCCUAGUGAACCGGUCGCAGGUUCGCCCGGGUCACGACGCACAGACGUGGCUCAGCGCCGCCAUGACGAACCAGCGCACGUGCCGCGAUGGCUUCCUCGAGCUCGGUUUGACGGCGCCGGUGAUAGACGACGGCGAGCUAACAGAGUCGAUCAGUAACUUGCUCGCCGUUAACAACGCGAUGCUGAUUGCCGCCGGUGGGCAGCAUAAACGGCGCCGCCGUUUGGGGUUAUUGUUCCCGGAGUGGGUGGCGGCGGCCGACCAGAAGCUACUGGCGGCGUCGGACGUGAAAUCGGAUCUCGUGGUCGCGAAGGAUGGCUCUGGCGACUACAAAUCCAUUGUCGAAGCCGUGGCGGCUGCGGCCAAGGCGAGGGGAGGAAGCACGGCGAGGUUCGUCAUUCACGUGAAGGCCGGCGUCUACGAAGAGUACGUGGAGAUUCCUAACUCGAUGGAGAAUUUAAUGAUGACCGGCGACGGGAUAGAUGCUACUGUGGUGAUGGGGAACAGGAGCGUUAAAGGCGGCUACCGCACCUUUCAAUCGGCCACCUUCGGUUAG